UGGAGGUGGACGGGUGGAGGAAGGAGGAGUGGAGUUAGGGAUUUGCAUGUUUACCCAGGGAUUGCCAGAGGUCUAUUAGAGUAGGUACUAGCAACUAGUUCUUAAGGUGAGGAAGUAUCUGAUAAAGGAAAUCUGAAUUUGGAAUCAAGUAGUUCUUUUGUUCUAUGCCUAGAAGGGUGGAGCAGCUACCUUAAGAGCAGUCCUUCAUGCUAGAGACUCAGCUUCUGCCAAAACAUCUGCCUGGGGAAGCCUACAGUUUCCUAAUCAAAACUGAGAGACAGGAGUUGCAAAAGAGGAAAGGGAAAAAAAAAAAAAAAAAAAAAGGAUGAUUUGUGGUUUAGCCAUUAAUUGGAGAAUGGAGUGGUAAGGCAGCUGAUCAAUUUUACAAUCCAUUUGAGUGAAAUAAUUGCAAUUACUUCCUCUCUUCGUUUUUGGGUGUUCAGGGAAAGUCAAAUUUCUUUCAUAAUUAGCUUUUAGGGGAAGUGGGGCAAGAAAAGGAGAAUGCAAGGACAGAGAUGGCACAACUUUUGGUGUCAUUCAUCUUGUGCUGGACAUUAGGAACUGUGCAUUUUUUUUCAGCUCAGCUCUAAAGCAAGAAUUAGAAGGCUCCUCCUCCCCAGAACCACAUGACAUUCUGCUUUCUCUGCUGGGUUUUCCUAUCAAAUUCACAUUUACUGCUUCAGAAGUACUCUCUCACACAUGUCCAGGAUAUCCAGCAGAAACUAACAUAAUAGGCUUGAAAGAAACCCAACAACCCAAUAACAAGAGAUGGAGAAAGAAAAAGAGAAAGAUUCUAUUUCACUCCCUACAAGGCAGAACUAUCAGGACAACCACGGACUGGAUAUCACAGGGGAAGAACUAGACAGUGUAGAAAAAACAAAGAAUGAAAAUACAGGAAUCAACCUGGGGAAUGGACCAGAGCUUCCCACUUUCCAAAGGGGGAGCCAGCAGCCUUUCUCUAAGGCAAGAGAGUUCUACAAAACUCAUACCCAGUUGUUCCAGAAAAUCCUAUUGAGCCUCCUGUGUACAGCCUAUGCUGCCUAUGUCCUGGUGGCCUGUAUCCUGAAUUUCCAGAGAGCCUUAGCUUUGUUUGUGCUCACCUGUUUGGGUCUUUUCUACUUGGCUUACAGUCUCAUUAAAAAGCAUUUUGGAAAGAAGCUGUUGAGAUGUGGGAAGCCUUUUGGAAACUCUCGGCAGAGGCUUUGGCUCAAAUGGGGUCUAAUGGCAGUUGCCAUAGUCAGCCUCAUCCUGUGGCUGAUCCUCGACACUGCUCGAAGGCCAAAACAGCUCAUUUCUUUUGCUGGAAUUUGUAUGUUUGUUAUCAUCCUCUUUGCCUUCUCCAAGCACCACUUUGCAGUGAACUGGAGGGCUGUGUUUUGGGGUCUUAUACUGGAAUUUGUUCUUGGCAUCCUGGUCAUUCGAACUGAUCCUGGAUUUGCUGCAUUUCAGUGGCUUGGUGAACAGAUUCAGAUUUUUCUCAGUUACACAGUGGCCGGUUCCAGUUUUGUUUUUGGAGAUGCUCUUGUCAGGGAUAUUUUUGCCUUUCAGGCUUUACCAAUCAUUGUUUUCUUCAGUUGUGUGAUGUCUAUCCUCUACUACUUGGGACUCAUGCAGUGGCUGAUUGUGAAGAUUGCCUGGCUUUUACAAAUUACUCUGGGAACCACAGCCACAGAGACCUUGAGUGUGGCAGGAAAUAUCUUUGUUGGUAUGACAGAGGCACCUCUGCUGAUUCGGCCAUACUUGCCAGACAUGACAUCUUCAGAAGUCCAUGCUGUUAUGACCGGAGGUUUUGCUACCAUUUCAGGCACUGUUUUGGGAGCCUACAUCUCUUUUGGGAUUGAUCCUGCAUCCUUGGUUUCUGCCUCUGUGAUGGCUGCUCCUUGUGCUCUUGCCCUGUCUAAGCUGGUCUACCCAGAAGUAGAAGAGUCCAAGUUCAAGAAUAAGGAAGGAGUAAAACUGUCCCGUGGCAAUCAGAAGAACAUCCUAGAAGCUGCCAGCAGUGGGGCUGCAGACUCCAUAGGACUCAUUGCCAACAUUGCCGCCAACCUCAUCGCCUUCCUGGCAGUGUUAGCUUUCAUCAAUGCGGCUCUGUCCUGGCUGGGGGAGAUGGUGGACAUAGAGGGACUCAGCUUCCAAGUCAUCUCUUCCUAUGUGCUAAGGCCCAUUGCUUUCAUGAUGGGUGUGGACUGGGCAGACUGUCCAAUGGUAGCCGAGAUGCUGGGGAUCAAGUUCUUCCUGAAUGAGUUUGUGGCCUAUGAACGAUUGUCUCAGUACAAGAACAAACGUCUCUCUGGAAUUGAAGAGUGGGUCGGGGGCGAAAAACAAUGGAUUUCUGUGAGAGCAGAAAUCAUCACAACUUUUUCACUGUGUGGAUUUGCCAAUCUCAGUUCAAUGGGGAUCACAUUAGGAGGCUUAACUUCAAUGGCUCCCAAACGGAAGAGUGACUUUGCUAAGCUGGUGAUGAGAGCCCUCUUGACAGGGGCCUGUGUGUCCCUGGUCAAUGCCUGUGUGGCAGGAAUCCUCUACGUUCCCAGGGGGGCUGAGGCUGACUGCGCUUCUUUCCUGGACACAGCAAAUUUCACCAGUCCCAGCUAUGAGAUCUAUGUGUGUUGUAGAGAACUCUUCCAGAGCGUCACACUCAACAACACUGGCCAGAUCCCUUUUUCACAACUAUGGACAAGCCCAAAUUUCAGUGUUAAGACCCUUGCCAGCUGCUGUGGACUCUAUAACCAUACUGUCUGUACUGAAAACAGCCUCUUUGUAUAAUAACAUUUGAUUAUAGCUUAUAGAAUCUAAAGCUAGAAAGACUUUUGCGGUCAUCUAAUCUAGUGGCAAUUCCUGCAAUUACAUAUGAAUUUAGAAAACUACAAGUUAACAUCACCUAUGCCAUAUUACAUUUUAAUUCUUUUGUUAAACAUUUUUCAAAUACAUUUUAAUAAGAUUUGGGUUAUACUUAAGAAUACCUAAGGACCUGAGUCAUAAGUUUGGUAUCUUUGAUGUAGUUACCCCUAUCAUUGUACAACUAAAACAAAGUAGUUUUAAAUUCCUUAUUAAUAGUUCUAUGGGGUUUUAAAUUAUCCAGCCUACAAUAAAAAAUACCGAUGCAGAGCUCUGAGCCACUGGCACUUUAUUAAAGGUCUAUGGUCCCCUCUAAUGAAAUGGACCUCAGAUCUUCCAAAUUAUCUGAGAAUCCCCUUUUCUCUAGGGUGGUUUGGUGCCAGGUUUAAUAUUGGAAUACUCUAGAGGGAUUACAUAAAAUACAGAAUCCCAUUGGUUGGUUUGAGGGCCAAAAAUGAUAUAUCAACUAAAAAUGGUAUUAUUAGCAGGAGGCAUCUCAGCUUGGGCAAAGCAUGGGACAUCUCCAUUCACUAAAUGAUCAUAGGAUGGUUACCUGCUCAUGUUGAACAAGAGAAAGGGGUCCAGAAGUAUUCAAAUAAAAUAGGGGAUUAUUCAUGUAAUUGAAUCACCUUCAUCAUUCUGUACUUAGUCAAAAACAAGGGUCUCUAAUUAGCUCCCUAUGAUUAAGCAAGUGAACUUACAAUGUUGAGUUCACAGCUCUGGGCCCUAAUGUACAGAACUUGUGAUCACUACCCCUAUGGAAUCAUAUCAAACUGACUAAUACUGAUUGACAUAUGGGUCCAGAUGAAUCAUUUCUCACAGUUUCUGCCAUAUAAGUAGGCCAUCAAAAUGUUUAACAAUCACGAGAAAUUUAACAAUAUCAUUUUGGUUCAAUUUACGGAUGGAAGUGAAUACCCAUAUGAGACCAGACAAAAUUUUUCCACUAUGUCCUAAGAAUGAGCUUGGGUUUGAAGAAGUAAUCGCAUUUUAUACAAAACAAGCUAUUACGGAAAUUAUUUGGCAGGUUAUAAAUGUGUACAAAUGAGUGAUGCAAGCAUUGGGGCAAGUGAAGAAAAGGAAUACUUGUGUGAGUUUUGUAAUCAAGCUGGCGUUUGUGAAUUUCUAUAGUAUUGUUUGAAAGGUUUUUGUAUAUUUAUUGAAAGGGUCAACAUUUUCUUUCAAAUAUUCUCAAGGCAAUUGUAUUCUCCAUUUCCAUAAAUAAAUGAUUUUUUUCCUUAUCUUAAUUAAAAAAACUUUUUUUCAGUUCUUUUAAAAAAUUUAGUUUUGAACAUUUAUCUUUAUAAUAUUUUGACUUCCAUUUUUUCCCUCUUUCCCUUCCUUCCCUCUUCCCCAAAAUAGCAGUCUUAUAGGUUUUACAUGUACAAUCAUUUAAUAAAAAUUGUUUAAGGAAUAUA